AUGCGCUUGCGCUGGGUCGUGGGCCUGGUGCUCGCCUCGUGCGUCGGAGCGCAGCAUAGCAAUGCAGAGACUGCGUACCAGGAUGCACUGGCGCAGCUUCGUGAGCUGGUGGAUACCUCCAUCGACCCCGUCGUGACGUCGUCGACGCCGUGGCUCGGGGCGCUGGUCGAACGUGCCGCCCACCUCGCCGAACGAGUCGGUAUGGACGGUGUUGGCCGCCGUAUGCGCGUCGACGCACAGCAGUGGUCUCUGCGCCACCGAGCCAAGGCCACCGAGCCUGCGGGCCUCUCUGAGCGCGUCGCGGCGUGGCUCGACCAGUCGCCGACCCGUGGCGCUCCCCGCGAGCCACACACCUUUUACGAUGUGCCGGACCACGCGCUGUGGCCAGAUUGGGACUUUGAUGCUGUGAAAGCAGGGCGUGCACAGGCGCGCAAGCAGCACAUGGCCGUGCUCAACGGAUGGGAGCAGGCCAUGUGGGGCCCGUUUGUUGCCGACCUCUUUGAUGCGCCGAACGAGGCCGUGCAGCGCGUUAUCGAUGCGCAUGAUGCCGCCGAGCGCUAUGCGAUGCUCUCGAGCUGGAUUGCAAACGUCUCGAAAAGUUAUGUGCCAGAGACACUGCUCACUGCGCUGGAGCGGAAAAAAGAUACCAAGAAGGCCACCGAGGCCAAGCACAAAAGGGCCCGUGCCAUUGCGCAGCUCGAGUGGGCCGCAUUCGAGGGGGAAAUGUCGCCCGAGUCGGUGAUUGACGCGACGUUUGAUGCGGCGAAUGCCACCGGGCGCCCCCUCAACGUGCACGCCGACGCCCUGUGGGUCCUCGGCGAGCACUCGCUCUGGGGCACGCACGGUGCGCAGCCCAACAUUUCGCGCGCGAUCCGCGCGUUUGAGCGUUUGGCGGAUACCGGAAACGCGACUGCGCAUGCGCGCCUCGGGUUCCUGUACAACAGCCCGUUGCUCACGACGCUGUACGGUAUCGAGCCCCAACCCGAGCGCUCCCAUGUACACUAUACGCUCGGCGCGCAAGAAGGCGAGCGUGCCGCGCAGCUCGCGGUUGGCUACCGCUACGACCGCGGCCUCGGUGUCCCCCCCGACUGCAUGGAGGCGCUCGCGUGGUACGAUGCCGCGGCGCAGCAGGCCUACAAGACCUAUCUGGAAGGCCCAAUUGGCGGGCGCAGACUGCCGUAUGCCAAGCUGCGUCUGAGCGACCGCGCGGCACUGAAGCGCGGCUUGCAGCGCGGCCUCGCAUCGGGCAUGGACAACCUCUUGCUCCUUGCCAAGCUGUACCGCCCUGCCGUGCGGCGCCUCGUGAGCCAGGAGCCGCUCGCACUGCAGGAUACGCACACGCUAGGUGGCCUGCUCGACGCGUACGAGCACCAAGGCGGCGCGUUCCAAACCGCGCGCCUCUCGUUCCUCGCCCAUGCCUUGUACCGCGGCAGUGUCGUCGGCGAGGCCGAGGCGAUCGGCGCCGUGAGCCGCGACUUUCGGCGGGCGCACCGCUUUGCGCUCAUCGUCGCGGAGCAGCGGUGGCCCGCACCGGUGGCGCUCGAAAACUUUGCGUGGCCGUCGACGCGCCCCGACGGCACGCUCCAGGCGGCAUACCGCGCGGCAGAGGUCGAGGAGAGCGUGCGUGUGCACGCGGCGAAUAGUGCUGCGCUCCUUGGGCAAAUGUACCUGCGUGGCGACGGCGUCGCGCAGGACUUUGUCAAGGCCAAGGUGUGGCUUACGCGUGCGGCGCUCGACGGCAAUACGCGCGGCGCUCAUGCGCUCGGUCGCAUGUUUGAGCACGGCUGGGGCGGCACGCCGGACCUCGAGCGUGCGAGCAAGAUCUACGAGUCCGCCAAGGCGAAAGAGUCUGCGCCGGACGUUGCGCUGGAGAUGGCCAAGGCGUACAUGCAUGCACAGCAGCCCGACAAGGCGCUGACGCAGCUCGCGAUCGCUGGCAGCGUCUCUGAUUUGAAAGAUGCGCGCGAGUCGACGCUCCUCGAGACGGGUUUCGAGGUGCAGUACCUCGCCGGCGCGAUCCGUGCAGACUGGGCGUACCACCAAAACCAAAGCGCGACCAACUGCGCGGCGGGCCUCCCGGGCCUGAAACGUGCGGCAGAGCGGGGCGACUGGGACGACCCCAUCUUUCACCGCGCCGAGGCUGCGCACGUACGCCGCGACGUCGCGACGUCGCUCAUGGCGUGGGCGGUGGCGGGGGCAUCCGGCAUCGAGGAGGCGCAGGACAAUAUCGCGUACGUCCUCGAUCCGGUGCGCUCGUACCUGCGUCCUGCGCCGGAGCAGCCGACCGACCGCACGGCGCUUGCAUUCUGGGCGAACAGCGCGCUGCAAGGCAGCCCGCAUGCGAUGAUCAAGCUAUGCGACUACCUGCGCCUGGCGCGGGGAACGAAUGCGACGGCACACCGCGCCGCACAGUGCUACCUUGCACUGGUGGACGGCGACGCGAGCCUCGUCGUGCCCCGCUGGCACCUCGCGCAGAUGUACGAGAGCGGCGAUGGCGUGCUGCAGCCGGACUAUCCUCUGGCGAAGCGGUACUAUGACAUGGUCGCGGCGCUUGCGCCGACCGAUGCGGUGCUUACCGCCUUCCCGGCCCUGAUUCGACUGCACGUGAAAGCAUUUUGGCGUUUGCUGAAAGGCGACGACACGGCGCGCCGCCUGCUGCAUGCGUAUAUUGGCGGGAAAAAAGAGGCGCAGCCGCCGGCCAAGGCCAAGGCCAAAACCAAGACGCCGUCGCUGCCGGACGACGUGUGGCUCGACUGGGCCGUCGACCUUGCCGUGUUUUCGAUGGGGAUCGUGUGCUUGGUCGUGCUGAUGUAUGUGCGCAGGGUCGUGCAGCGCCGCAGAGAUGCGGCGAAUGUGCAGCUUGCGCAAAUGCAGGCGCUGCGCUAG